GUUUGAUUAAAUCUAACUAGGCAGAAAAAUAGAUUUCACUUUUGAGCACAUCAUACGUCUUAUUUCUGUGUCAUGCGCAAGCAUAUUAAUUGCGUCUUUAGUUAUUAACGAGUGUUUCGGCGACUUUUACUGACGUCGGGCUAACCGAGCUGCCGAGACUUGGCGAUCCAUAUCUCAGGUGUCAGCGAUGGUGCUUUUCCGUGAUACAGGCUCUGAGAAGCCACAACCCAAACGUACCUAUCAUCCACGAAGUCGGAAUGGGUGUUCCAACUGCAAGAAGAGAAAAGUGAAGUGUGAUGAAACAAAACCGCAAUGUACUCGCUGUCUCUCUGCUGGUUAUCGGUGCGAAGGCUUCACGAAAUCACCCAAUGAAUGUGCUCGCCCAGAACACACUACAGCUCACCCGCUGGCGAUUGUCAAUGGGUCGACAACUGCGUUGAGUCAUGCGACUCCCCGUGCACAAACACAUGGAGCUCUCGUUGAGCUGAAGAUUGCAUUACCCCGGACAAGUGUGGCAGAAGCUCGCAGCUAUCGCUUUUUCAUGGAAGUAGCUGCCCCUUCACUUGCAGGGGUUUUCGACGGUGACUUCUGGCUAUGCGAAAUCCCUCGCGCCUGUUUCGUCGACAGGGCAAUAUGGCACGCCGUGGUUAGUCUUGGUGCUGUAUACGAGGCAUAUCUUUCAAGCAACAAGACAAAUGAAGCUUCGAGAGACUCGCACAACAGCAAUGAAUUCAUACUGCAACAAUCUAAUCUAGCAAUCAAGGCCCUGGUAAAUACAUCGCUCGAAAUAGACAAAUGGCGUACUUUGACAGCAAGCGUACUAUUUACACACAUUUGCAGCUUGCAAAGCCAUCAUGAACAGGCUUUCAUGCAUCUAUCCGCAGGCCACAAGAUCAUACAAGCUAUGCUAGUAGAUGGGCGAACCAUGUGCCUGAAAUCGACGUUCCAACAUACUCCGGACCCGAGUACCGAGACAGGGCCUGGGAUUCUCGGCUCGUCAGCAAAAAUUCCCGUUUCUUUGGCUACGCUGCAAGCAAUCAUAGCGAACCUGGAAUCUCAUCGCCAGGCAAUGAAUUGUGGCGGGCUGAUACACGAGACGAGCAAAAACCACAAUUUCAACUUGUGGCUCUCCUAUCGAGAACCUCCAAACGACCCUGGCAGACUCGGUAUGAGCUGUGUUGCGAGCGAAAAUAUUAUCAACGCGAAUCGUGCGGCCGAAUCUCUAUUCUAUGGUCUCAUACUAUACUCACAGAAGCACAGCGAUAAACUCGCAGAGGUGGUUGGUAAGGGCGACAUAUCAAGCCUUCAAGCCCUAAUAUCUGGACAAGAACCCUACAGGCGAUGUUACACAAGACUUCGCACAUUCUAUCAGACUUGUCAUACCGAAACAGAAACAGCUACCCAUGCUGAGUUUACCAGAAACCCUCUCAAUAAAUCCAUUCUCACACUGCGUCUUUUCCUCACCACAAUGCGGCUCCUCCUCCUCUGUAACCCUGAUACACCCUCACAACCUAUCACCCAACACUAUCUACGCUUGCAGUUCGAAGACAUACUUUCUACCGGUGAAAAAAUUCUCCAGCUUGGUCAAAUUAGUAAUACGUCGUCUACCAUCCCAACGCCAUCCACGACACAACCUCUCUACAUGGUAGCCCAUAGUGGAUUCCCACAAUCUUUACGUCAGCGAGCUGUGCUCCUACUAAGGAAGUACCCGAGAUGUGAUGGUCUCUGGGACACGUCAUUCAGCGCUGCGCUUGCGGACUUAAUGAUGAGACAAGAGAGGGCAAGUGCCAUGUGCAAAGAAGUCUCGGGGGAAGGCCAGGUUAGAAGUGAAGAUGAAGAUGAUGGGGAAGUUGAAGUGUUGGAUCGUGUCUACAAUUACAAAGUUGUCUUCCAAGGGGUGAGGACAGCUGUGAUAGAGAGUCGAACAUGGAGGGAUUUCCUGGCAGGGGCGUCGGCGAAGAGAAAUUUGUUGACUUGGUAGAGACAGCGAAAAAGGGGUAGGGAUAUCGAACCUUAAGAAAAGUGGCUAAUAAUAUUGCGAGAGUGUCUAAUGACCAAAAUACCGGUCCUGUGGUGCAACCGUGAGUAAUUCCCGCUGUAACAUUGUCACGACAGAGGUGGUACUGAGCUAAAAAAUUGAGAGUCAUCUAACGAACCCAGGUAUGAAGGCAUACGCGAAGUCUUAAUUAUUUGGUAACCGAAAUCCCUCCUAGAUAGAGUUAUCUGCAAGUCAUUACGUAUGAACUCAUUUUGCAUAAAAUUAUAGCACAACCGACCAGUUCAGUUGUUCUCGAACGCAUUUCGGUGCUCGUAGGAUCCAAUCGGGGUCCAAAUUGUCGCGAACAUUGGCUUGAUAAGCGCCAGUUCCAUUUUUCAACUGCUGUAUACGGCGCAAGCGAAGAAUAUUCGUGAUACUGUUUUUGUAUAGUAACCGAUCACAAUCAAAUAGAGUCAGCACGGUUAGUCAUCGCUAUAACGUCUUGCGUUGACCACAGAAGAAAUGCCAAGAAGUUUGGGAUAUUCCAAGUUGAAUGCUACGAAGCUAU